AUGAAUACUUUAGAUUUAAAUUAUAUUUCACCACGGUUAUGUAAAGCUCGAAACUUGGAACUUUCAAUUCCCGGGACAUACGAUCCCAAUGCUCCUUUAAUUACUAUAGCUUCAAUGCAGCCACAUUUACAAAUUAUAAUGAGUAAACAAAGGCCAAGAAAGAUUUAUAUGAGAGGAAGUGACGGAAAAGAAUAUGCUUUUCUAUUAAAAGGACAUGAAGACCCUAGACAAGAUGAACGUGUUAUGCAAUUAUUUGGCUUAGUCAAUUCUUUAAUUUUGAGAGAAGCAGAAACUAGCAGAAGAAAUUUAACAAUACAACGUUAUUCAAUAACUACACUUAGCCAAAGCAGUGGACUUAUUGGUUGGGUACCUAAUUGUGAUACACUUCAUUCACUUAUAAAGGAUUAUCGUGAAAAGAAAAAAAUUCCAAUAUCUGAAGAACAUAAUAAAAUGCAAAAAUUAUGUGUUGAUAUAGAUAAAUGUACAUUAUUACAAAGAGUUGAGGUUUUUGAAGAAGCUUUACGUUCAACUUGUGGUGAUGAUUUACGUCAAACUUUGUGGAUGAAAUCUCCAAAUUCUGAAGUUUGGUUUGAUCGUCGUACUAACUAUACUCGUUCAAUGGGCGUAAUGUCGAUGGUUGGUUAUAUUCUUGGACUCGGCGAUAGGUGGAUAAAUAAAUAUAUAAUUUUCAGAAUUAAUUCAGAAUUUAUAUUUUCCGGAUAUAUUUCAGAAUAA